GAUAAAUAAAUUAAAUCAGAAACUUCCAUAGAACUCAAAAACAAAAAACAGCGUUGUUGUGGUUUUUGUGAGCGGUUCGCGGUGGUGGGUGCGGAGGUGGUUGUGGGCGAGCUCGGUUCCGAAAGUUAUCGCUCUACAACAAUCUCAAUCUUCAUAUUUGAAUCGCUACUCAGUUCCUCAGUGCUCAGAUACUAAAAAAAGAUAAAAAAAAAAAAAGGAAAAUGCCGAAGGUAAAGACUAACCGUGUUAAGUACCCAGAGGGCUGGGAACUCAUUGAGCCUACACUCCGUGAACUUCAAGCGAAGAUGAGGGAAGCUGAGAACGACCCUCACGAUGGCAAAAGAAAAUGUGAGACUUUAUGGCCUAUAUUCAAGAUUGCUCACCAGAAGAGUCGCUACAUAUUUGACCUUUACCACCGGAGGAAAGAAAUUUCCAAAGAGUUGUACGAGUUCUGUUUGGAUCAAGGAUAUGCCGACCGCAAUCUGAUCGCGAAGUGGAAGAAGCCUGGUUAUGAACGUCUGUGUUGCCUGAGGUGCAUGCAGCCUCGUGAUCACAAUUUUGCCACCACUUGUGUUUGCAGAGUGCCCAAACAACUUAGGGAGGAGAAGGUUAUAGAAUGUGUUCAUUGUGGUUGUAAGGGUUGUGCUAGUGGGGACUGAUUUGGGCACAACUCUAGUGUAUCACUUAUUGGGGUUUCUUAUUAGAAUUGUGUCGCCAAUAGCUUCUGUUUUCUGCAACUCUUAUGGUGCUUAGUGCUCACUUCCCAAGGUUGCAUUAUCAGCUCAAUGACUCUUGUAUUGGGAAAAUUAUCUAAUUAGUACUAAUAGACGAUAUAUUAUGUACCUUCAGAUUCGAGAGCUGACAUCAUUUGCUACUAAACUAAUUUAAGCCUGAGAGUGAAUGAAAUAUUUAAUGUUAA